UUCGUGCUCAUCUCUUCCGGUACAUUCAGUAUGAUCUCAUUGAAACAACGUGGCAGUAUUCAAGAACACGAGCCAACACGUUUCAUUUUCUCAUGCAGAUGAAAGAAAAACUAAUAAUUUAGUAAACAGCGACGUUUGUCUAUUUCAUGUCGUUAAGAGAAACAGUGAGAAUCUUGAUUCUUGAAUCCCUCAAACAAAAAUUGUGAGAAAACCAAACAAUGGAAGAAGCAGACAUAGAACUCAAGAUUCCUGACCCGUUACGAGCCGAUUGGUUCAUGAUUCUUGUCGACAUCCAAGCCGAUCUCAUCUACAACGCACUCGUGGUCUUAACCUCACCACUCUUCCUCAUCUACCGCUCAUACCGCCGCGCAGCAGCUGCCAUCUCCGUAGCAGAAAAUACGGUUAAACGUGCUCCAUCAAGGAUCAAGGGUGGUGCCGCGAGGGUUGUUAGGAGGACGUGGUUUGGUGUAAUGGGCGCAUGCCACGUGUCGGCGAUAAUGGUGGCGGCUAUGAUUUUGGCGGUUGUGUUAGGUGUCGGGAUUGUGAGUUUGUACGUAGAAAAGCCUGUGGUUGUGAGAGAAAGAUUGUUUUUCGAUUACACUGAAGAUAACCCAAGUGCGGUUUUUAGUUUGGGCAAGAAGAAGAGACCGUUUGGUGUUCCCCUUGGACAUAAGGUUCAUGUCUCUUUAGUUCUCUGGAUGCCUGAAUCUGAUCUCAACCGACGAAUCGGAUUAUUUCAGUUGAAAGUAGAGCUUCUAUCACUGAAAGGCGAGAUAAUAGCAAGAUCAAGCCAACCUUGCAUGUUACGGUUCAGAAGCCAACCCAUAAGACUUGCACGAACAUUCGUGAUGAGUGUUCCACUUGUUGCCGGAAUAGCAAACGAAGCACAAACAAUGAGAAUAGAUGCGUUAAUGCACCAAGAGAAAGGGACAAGAACAAAAACCGUGAGGGUGACUCUGAUUCCACGUGCACAGACUCGGUUAUUGCCUCAGUUAUAUGAAGCUGAGAUUGUCAUAAAUUCAAAACCUCCAUGGACUAGACGAAUGGCUUAUAAUUGGAAAUGGACUCUUUCCGUCUGGACUUCAAUGUAUCUUUUUGUCCCUAUCCUAAUCGCUCUUCUAUGGUGUUUUAGACCGUUCUUGUUCCCUUACGUUACUUCAAGAACCGUUGUGGAAGACCAAAACACAGAGAUCAGAGUAGUCCAAGAGGAAGUAGCGGGAAGAAGAUUGAGGGAAAGAAGAAACAAGCCUCGUCGACGAACCACGACACAGGAAAUUUAUAUAUUGUAAUAAAAUUAUUUGUGUGUGUGUGUGUGUGUGUUUUCUCUGCAGAAUCAAAUUCUGCUCUGUAAUAAACCGGUAAUAACAAGAA